GACACACACAAAGGCAUAAAGCUAUUUCAAUGAAGUCCAGAGCAAGUUGAGGUCCAAUCAUGGAAUAGAAAUGUCUUCUUAGUUCUUAUUAUAAAUUAUCUGUGCUACACUCCUCUCCCCACACUUCAGAGUAACCAGAGCACACAGAGAGAGAGAGAGCGACCGAAAUUGCACAUUCACAGUUCCUCUACGAUCGCAAAUCAGAUGACUAUCACUUCUUCUCCGAUGACGAGCGCAAACGACAUGGAAGUUGAACCAGAUCAUGACUCGGUUUCUCAGGUUGAAAAUACUCUUACGGAUAUCACUUUCCCAGAGAUAUCCCUGGAAUUUAUGGCAGAAUUCUUGAACUCUAAUGGGCAGGAUUUCACCUCUCUCAUUGCGCCGCAAAUACACAUGAGUCAGGACCCCUCUUAUGUGAAUCUUCAGCAUACAAAUGGCAUCACUGAUAAUUAUACCAUGUCAUUGCCUCAAUUUGGCCCCAUAUAUCAGCAAGACAACAACACAGAGGUGAUGAAGUUGUAUCCGACUAUCCAGUAUGUACAACUCUACUCUAGAAUGCACGCUGCUCCUGAUAAGUCCAGCCUAUCAGAGCCAUUGCGUAGUCUGCAUAUUGGGGAUAUCAGUGACACUGAAGUAGUUAAAGCAUGGGCAGAUGGCUGUUUGCCGGAGAUGCGCUUGAUGCAGGGUCUCUCUUAUGAGAAUCUUCAGCAAACCAACUGUGUUGCUGAUGAAUAUAAUUUACCGUUGUCUCAAUUUGGCACUAGUUGUCAGCAAGACAACAUCUUAGAGGUGAACUCUUAUCCGGCUAUCCAGGAUGUACACUCCUACUGCGGAAGUAUGCAAUUUGUCCCUAGUGACUCGAGCCCAUCAGAGUCAUCAGGAAGUUAGCAUGUCGAGGAUAUCAGUCACACUGAAGCAGUCAACAUGUUGUCCCCUUGCUGUUUUGACACAACUCUUGGAGGCGAUGAUGAAUGGCUUUGGGAUCGGUUGUUUGAGCCUGGUUCUGCAUAUUUUUCCUAGACAUGAAAAUAGAGAAAAAAUAAGCAGAAACACGUAGGAACUGUCGAUGAAAUGCCUACCCUACAAUAAAUGGAAGGUCUAUGAUGUCGGAUGAUAUGAUGUCCUUUGUGAGACAA